ACUGGUGUUAUGUUCAGGAAGCUGUCUUCUGUACAAUUCGUUGAAGUUGUUCCUAUAGAAUCAGCAAUUGUUCCUUGUCCCGCAACUGCUGAAAAAGAAUGUCAAGACACGUUGGUGGAGGUGGAGCCUAUAAAACCCCGACGUGGAAAUAUCUUGGAUAGACCCUACCCAAAGCAUUCUACUAUUCUAGAGGUUGAUGAAGAAUCUCAAGACCAAGAUGACACUUCCAUAGAAAGACCACAAAUUGAAACAGAAGUGUCUCCUGAACCUGCUAAAAUUGCAACUUCACCAAGGUUCCAGCGAAAGCCUCCAAUGAAGAUGGUGAAGGUGGUGUCUAAAAAACGCAGAUUUGUGUCCAAAAUCUGGAGGAAACUCUUUCGGAAUAGCACUGUUUUUCCUCGGGACACUGAAGAACCUCAAGUCCAAGACGGUACUUCCAAUGAAGGAGCACAAAGUGAAAUGGAAGUGUCUCCUGAACCUGCUAAAAUUGCAACUUCACCAAGGUUCCAGCGAAAGCCUUUAAUGAGGAUGGUGAAGGUGGCUUCUAGAAAAUGCAUGUAUGGCUCAAAUACGUUAAGACAAAUGUGUUGGAGGUGCCCUGUUGUCUGUAAAGCUUCAGCUUCCAUAGAAAGACCACGAAAUGAAAUGGAAGUGUCCCCUGAAAACUCUGAUAGCCCAGAUUCACCAGUGGGCCAGCAAAAGCCACAAGGGAGGACAGAGAAGAUGAUAUCUAAAAAACGCAGAUGUGUUCGUGCCAUGGUAAACGAAAUGUAUCAAAAGCAGCAUAUGGUCCCCCUUAAUGAGGACAAACCUCAAGACAUCGCUGGCACCUCCAGAAAAACAGAAGAUAUUAAAACAAAAGGUACUGAGGGAAUUCAGUAAUUAUGUUCAGUUAUG